GGAGGGGACAGGCGCGGGGCGGGGAGGUGCACCAGCUGUGCGGAGAAAACAAGCCCUGGGCUUCUCCAGCCGAGCCACAGAGACUGUGUCCCUGCAGCCGGCGCUCACCUCUUGCUCGGCGCCGCGGCAGUGCUGAGCCUGGGCCGGGGAAGAAAGCGGAGAGCGACGCGCGGGAGAGCCCGGGAGCUGUUCAGACCCGCCUGCCCUGCGGUGGGCUCCCCAGGAAGCGCCGCUGCCCCUCGGGGUUCUCGGAGGAGAGGCGACGGGCGGAGCUGCCGGCGGCCGCGCCGCGCUCUGAUGGCUUAGGAGACCUGUGCGAGCUGGAGCUGCCCCCAGAGACCUGCCCCGGGACCUUGCAGCAAGGGGGAAGCGCAAGACGGGUGCCCCGGACGCUAGUGCUAAUUGAUGUGAGAGCCAGCAGCGAGGAAGAGGCAUGGGCCAGCGCGGGGCCAACGACAUGUCCAGCGCCGCUGCCUUAGGGAAUUUGGAGAAGGUGAAAGAGCUGCUGGACCAGAGGGCGGACCCCAAUGCCGUCAAUUCCUACGACAGGACGCCGAUCCAGGUCAUGAUGAUGGGAAACACCCAGGUGGCGGAGCUGCUGCUGCAGAGAGGAGCGGAUCCCAACCGCGCGGAUCCCCGCACCGGCUCCCUCCCGGUGCAUGAUGCAGCGCGAGAAGGUUUCCUGGACACCCUUGUGGCGCUGCACCGAGGCGGGGCUCGCUUGGAUCUACGAGACAAAUCUGGCCGCCUCCCCAUUGACCUCGCUGUAGAGAGCGGGCAUCAGCAAGUGGUCAGCUACCUCCGAGCCCAGCCUGCAGGGAAUGCCGCUCCGCCCCAGGCAUAGGGCCCGGGCGGGUGGCCAGCAUCUUGCGGGGCUCUGCGCUGCUCAGCCACACAAAGCACAGAACUGCAGGCACCAGGUUUGUCUAUAGCAGCCGGGUACCAUCCCCCAGGACAGCUAGGAGCCGCCUUGUAACCUUGAUACAGCAGGCUGGAAAUCACAGGUUGGCAGCAGGGGAUGCAGUGGCCACCACUCAUCAGCUUUCACCUAAUUUUGUUCAUCUAUAAUUCAGUGCUGUACCCUCCCCACAUUUACAGAAGAGUCCACAUUAUAUUGAUGUUACAAUAUUUCUUCCUAGAACAUAACUUAUUAUCCGUUUUUUUCUUAAGUGUGAAGUAUAAUAAAGAGGAAUAAUAUAUUAUAAAUAUGCCACUUGGAAAUGUUCUCUUAAAUGCUCUAACAGCAAACACAGUCUUUGCUUUAGAUUUUUACUUUGCACAAAAUAUGUAUAUUAACUUUUUACUUGAAAAAAAAACUAAACGUUCAAACACUACCACUGUAAAGGAAACCAUGAAGGUAAAUAUACCACUUAAACAAUAAACUAUUACGAGUCUGACAGAAACCAAAUCUGUGUGUCUUUCUUGGGUUGCAGUUUUCCUUCCCAGAACUGGAAUAUAAACAGAUGCUUCCUAGUGCCUGGAUUUUCCAAAAGAUGCGGAUAGGAAAGAAGCUAGACAUCUUUUCAAACAUAAAAACCUGAGAGGGUCUAAGAAUUUUAGAUUCCUAGGGCCAGAUCCAACUCCCAUUGAUGUUAAGGUUGACUUUGAUUUUAAUAAAGGGUAUCUGAGGCUCAUAGUGCUAAAAUGAUUGUUUUAUUUUAUUUAACAGGGUUUUAGAUAUUUAGGGGUACUUCGAUUUGCUUUUAGACUCAUAUUUUCACUUAACUGAAGGUGUAGACUAUACUGUCAGGUGAAAUCAUGUAAGAUGUUAAAAGUCUCUAUAGUAAUAAAAUAUUUGCAAUGUGUGCCACAAAGAUUAAGAACAUAAGAAUGGC